AUGCUGUUCUUCCUACUACCAAAACUGAAUUCGACAGAGUUUCUUUGCAUGUUUCAAAUGGAACUGAUGAGUUUCCUAACGACGGUGUCACUGCUUAGCGGCAUAUUUGCGACAAUAGACCGGUUUUUGAUAAUCGUGUAUAACAACCAGUAUCACACAAUAAUGUCAAUAAGAAACGUCAAGGUCAUGGUCGCCGUUGCCUGGAUCUACUCCUUCUGCUAUGCAGCGGUACCAUUUUUCGUCAACAACUGGGACAUUUACCCCAAAUGUGAAUUUGUUCGUGUUGUCCGCGCUUGGUAUAUCGGAUUUGGAUCUUGUCAACAAAUACUGUCAACAAUCCUCGAAAUCUGUUUCUACGUUGCAAUAUUUCACGUCGCCCACAGUCGGCGUCGUAAUAUCAACAGAGAAACUCGAUCCGCCAGACGAGAACAGAGCUUGCGAGGUGCCAAGUUCAUGGGGGUUGUACUGAUUGUAUACUCUCUUUGCUGGACUCCCUUUGCCAUACUCGGGCUCAUUCAGAUCUUCAGUUAUCAUCCCGUACUAACAUACGUCCGAAUGACAUCGGUAUACCUCGGAAUAUCCAACUCUCUUCUCAAUCCUAUCGUUUACGCCUGGCAGAAAAAGGAUUUUAGAGAAGGAUGUAAGCGACUACUUCGCUGUCCUGGGUCAAAGGUCAAUCCAAGUAGCGGGUCAAGGGCGAUUUGGAACACGACCCAGAGAGAGUCGUGA